AUGAACCGACCAGGUCCGCCACCGCAACGACCGCCUUCACUGGGCCCCAACCCAGCACUAGGCUUCAGACCGCAAUACAACGCCUACGGUCUCCCGCCCGCCCCCGGACCAGCGCCACCAGGUCCCGGUCGUCCACCGCAAAUGGCACAAUACAGCCAGCCCCAACCGCGCGUCCCGCCCGGCUUCGGCGGCGCAAACGGCCGCGGGUUCUUUGGCGCACCGCCGCAACAGCAGCAACAACUGCCCAAUCAGCAACAGCAACAGCAGAGUCAGCAAAUAGGACAGGGUCAGGGCGGAGGAGGCGGGGUAGGAGGCACCGGCGGCGGCGAGCUCGAUCCGAACGAUUUUCCCGCAUUGGGCGCAUCGCCCGCUCAGCCGCACGCGGCGGCAGCGGCCGCGUCGUAUGCGUCGGCCGGGCAGCCGCAGGCGGGCGCAGGGUUCACGCCGGACGACUUUCCCGCGCUCUCGACGGCGCCGGGCGGGGCGGUCGACGGGGCGGGCGGGCCGCCGCCGCCGCCGGGGUUGAAUGGGAGUGGAGGGGCAGGGGUGCAGGAGAGGACGCCUGGAGUGUUGAAUCUGGGCGCGAGGGGCGUUGCGGAUGCGGAGAAGCAGAGGAACAUGAAGCUCGCCGCACAAGCAGCCUGGUCCUCGCCCUCGCCCGCACCAGCCACAUCAACGCCCGCCGCACCGCCCAACCUCCCUCCGCCACCACACCUCGCCACGCCAGCACAACAGCCACCCAGUGCCACACAAUCGUCCGCGCCGCACACGCCCCCGCCACUCGCGCAGACACCCGCACAACAGGUCCUCGUAUCGCCCGCAGACCGUUGGGGAUUGCUAGGGCUGCUGGCGAUGAUCAAAGGCGCGGACGCGGACGCCGCGUUAUUAGCCAUCGGCACGGAUCUGGGCGGGAUGGGGCUGGACCUCGCGAACACGCGGGACAACCUCUACAGCACGUUCGCCACGCCCUGGACGGGGACCGACCUGCACAACCCGCUCAACGGCGUCGGGCUCAACGGCAUCUCGCUCGGCGGCGGCGCCUUAUCAUCUAUCGAGCCCGAGUACAGCCUGCCCGCGUGCUACGCGGUGCACCCCCCGCCGCCGGGCCCGCAGAAGGCCGCGGCGUUCAGCGACGAGACGCUGUUUUUUAUGUUUUAUAGUGCGCCGAGGGACGUGGUGCAGGAGGUGGCGGCUAUGGAGCUGUUUAAUCGGAAUUGGAGGUUUCAUAAGGAGAUGAGGGUGUGGUUGACGAAGGAGGCGGGGACGGCGCCGAGCAAUAAGGUUGCGGGGGGCGAACAGGGACCGUAUACGGUCUGGGACGCGGAUAACUGGACGAAGGAGAGGAAGGAGAUGACGAUCUUGUACGCGGAUUUGGAGGAGAAGGUGCCGUUGACGCAGCAGCAACAGCAGGCGCAACAGCCGCCGGCGACGCAACAGGCGCAGAGUGGGCCGGGGAUGGUCGGGAGAGGGUUUUGA